AUGUUAAUUAAUAUGCGGGCUAUUAUUGCGCUGGUCAAAUCACAUCGGAUUGACUGCAACCGGACGCUGCAAAAGGUGGCACUAUGGAGAUAUCUAGACCAGUGUUGGAAAUUCGCUAUGAGGGAUAGGGCUGCUUUGGGAGGCGUUGCGAUGCUUGCUCUCACCUAUCCACAGGAUUAUCCACACGUCUUCCCAGAGGCCGCCUACUCGCAUUCACGUUGCAGCUUGCUUUGUCACGAGUCGACCGACAGCCAUGACAACGCAAAGUUGCAGCAGCAGAUGCUGUGUUACCACCUCGCUUCGCCCGCGCAGCAUCCGGCCGAUGUUGGGCGACGUUUAGGUUCUAAGCGAGGACAAGGAGCUCUCGCCAAAGAGGCAAAAAGCAUGGAAUCAAGGAAAAAUAUCGUCCGCGCGGCCUACAUUCGCCUACAUGUAGAUGUGGCUAUGCUGCCGGACAUGUCGUCUGCUGCGAAUGCCACCAACAUCCAGCCAGCCAGCCAGCCGACAGAAGAGCAGAAUUCCGGAGCUCAAGCUAUCUUGCCUAUUCUAGGUAGCCCUCGCCCAGAGGGUGGGAAAUGCUCGGCAGCUGCAACAGCCGGCACCCGUAGCAGCCCCAUGCGCGCAUUCGUGGCAUCGGCACUGCAUUGCUUCGUCGUUGUAAACUGCCUGCCAUUCCAUGUGGUCUAUCCAGAAACGAAUGUGAUAGAUAACUCUGAGCGAUGGAUUGGCGCUUCGUGCGCGGUGCAGCACGGCCCCAGCGCUUUGAAUCGGGGGAUCUAUCUAAUCGGAACCAGCCCCGCGAUCCGCAUGCUUAGCAUGCGAGCCUCAGCAAGGGAGGCGCCGCGGCUGGCGACGGGAGAACAAGCUGGUCGGUUGGUUCGCGCUGGCUGGUUGGCUGCGAGAAAUGGCCGUUUUGUGUGUGUCCGUGUGCCUUUAAGUGUCUCCAACAAGCUAGUCCGUGUAAAAUGGCGGUUAGCAGAGAAUGCUGGUGACAGCAGACAGGCAUUUUGCUUGGACGCCCCCAGGCGCCCUGUUCUCAUCUAUCUGGAGCUGUGGGUGUGCGCCUGCAUCGUUUACGAGUCGUACGUCUACCUGCAUUACCUGCCUUAUGCUGGAAGCUACAUGGAUGUGGCAGAAUGGCCUGGUUCUGCAAAAUACGCCCGCCGCUGUCUGCAUGGCCUGGGACAAUGUGUGCAUGUGUGUGUAAAAAGCUCUGUAAAGCUGUUCACACGUGCCGCUGCCACUGCAGCACGCACUCACUUACAUGUGCAGAUGCAUGGAGUUGUCCAGACCCGGGAUAGUUCAUGCCACCAGUCUGCCAAGGUCCAUGCAAUUGAAUGCGAGGAUGCGUCUGCGUGCUGCACGCCUACCUUAAACGGGUCUCCCACUAUCCAUCCUCCAGUCCAAAAGGUUCCGGGCCCAAUACUAUCGGCAAGGCUAGAGGAGCAGGAGGAGCAGGAGGAGGAGAGAGACACAAGAAGAGGAGCAGAUGGUGUUCCCCUUUGUGUAGGAAUGGCCCCUCCAAAGGAAAAGCGAGGCGGGCAUUUCAGUCCCAGCCGAUUGGACAGUCCCUGUUACAGGCCGUUGUCGAUGCAACCUCCCUAG